ACGGAGCUGUCUGUGGACAAUACGUUUAAAUGUCCUUGCAGAGUUAACAUUGAUCAAUUAUUAAAUAUUUAAAGUCCAACUAUUUCUCAAUCAUAACAACGUGUAUUGCGUUUUGUUUAUGUUGAAGGUCAAUAGAAACCUAUGUUCCGGUGAGUUUACUUGUGAGACUUGGUCCAUGCUAGUGUUUAUAUAUUGGUUUUAGCUACUACUCUCGGCUUUCCAUAAGUUUCUGAGUGUUUCAGAAGAUGGCUAACGUACAGAUCUACCCCGCGGAUUCUUCCAAUCCGACGGAUUCUGUUAUGGAUCCACCCCCGGUCUACACCGCCAAUGAUGUAGCUCAAAACGAUCCGCCACCAUCCUAUGAUUCUCUCUUUGGAAAGUUUAAACAGGCAAAGGCAGAAUCGACAGGAAAUGUGGACUUUGCCAGAAAAUGUUGUUCAAUAUGCACCGGUUCAGUGAUAUUCAUUGUGAUUUUAGCCCUAUUGUUGGGAUAUCCUAUAGCUAUGAUUGUAAUGGGUGCGAUAUACCUAGACGACUGCCCCGCCCAGAGACUGAUUCCAAUAUACCUAAUAGUGGACGGCGUCUUCACCUGUAUCUCCAUCUUGUACGGGUUACUGAAAAGUGCCCUAAAGGACAAAGAGAAGGAGGGAGAGGGAGAUGGAAAGAACAAAGACAAGCCAAAGUCUAAAGGAAGGAAGGCCGGCGACUGCCUAGAGUCCCUCAUCAACACAUUCCUCUUCGCAUGGUUCAUUUGUGGGAAUGUCUUUACGUACAAUUUGGACUGGGUUUCCUCUCCCGUAACGGCCAAGAACUAUUGCGACCCCACCAUUUAUUAUUUCUGUUUCUGGACCAUCACCGUGACAUAUAUAUUGGUCGGAGUGAUUGUUCUGGUAGCUUGCUGCAUAUGUGUCUGUGCAUGUGUUGCUGCCUCAAAAAAAUAACAUGCAAUUGACGGUUUCGUCGAUGUAGUAAUAUUGUACAAAUAUGUAAACAAUUAUGGGACGAAAUUGGGGGAGGGGGGUAUAGUAAAGGGGCAAGGAUGAGAGAAAGGGUGGAAAAGUGAGAUAAUGGCGGGGGAGGGGUUAGUGGAGGGAUACCGCAGAAAGAAAGGGAAAGGAAGAAUGUAUCCCAUGUUUAUCUCCAAUUGUAUCUUUGUUGACUGAAUUAUAAGUCAUCAAAUUUUGUACUCUGCAAUUUGUGCAGAACGGAAAUAACGAACGUUUUCUCAGCAAUUAAUUGUUAUUCCUUUUAGUUGUUGAAUAUUUUAUAUACAUGUAUAUAGUACAGCUUCUGUUUACGAUCAACAUCAUGUGAUCUGCUUAUGAGAUUUUAAAAUAAUAUAUAUUGUUUAUAUUUUGCAAGUAGAAACAAAAAUAUAAGCAGGAAAUGGUAGUGAUCUUUCGGUUUAUCUGUAUAUACCGGUAUGCAAAGAGACUAGUAGAGUAAAUUUCUGUUAUUAUAUUUCGGGUCAAAUGAAGACAAACAAAGGUCAGAUUCAAUUAUUGAUUUGAAAAUAUAUUGGUCACAAAUCAAAAGUAGUGAACAUUCCAUUUUACACAUUAAGUCCACUAGUUUCAGGUUGAUUUUCUCUGUUUUCAUUUGUUACAAAUACUCAUGAUUAAGGACAUCGCCUCAAACCACGCAGUCCAGAGUCUGCUCAGCGCACUCUCCGGAUAUGGAGGGGCUCGUACAUCUAGACCGUGGUUUGUGACGAUAAACCACGGGUGUGUGCUGUGAUAUAUACAAUUAAGUGGACUGUUUGGAGAGAUUUCCUUUUUUUUGUUAUUAUUGGUAUUAAUAAAACAUUUAUUUUA